AUUCUUGUUUCCUCCUUCUCACAGAUGGCAUUUAGAGGCCGUGGUCGGGGUAGGGGUCGUGGUAGAGGUGCACUUUAUGACACUCGAAUUGCUCACCAUGUGCCUUAUGAUGAUUUCCCGGAAGAUGUUAGUUUGCCUGAUGCACCUAAUGUUCGUAUUAUACCAAAUGAGGCAAAAGCACUUAUAGCUUCAAAAGUACGGUUGGAGAAUUUUUGGAAACACUCUUCCUAUUACUUGGAAGAGGCAGCUUCCAAAACAAAUGGACAAGUAUUUGAUGUGUUUGCAAAGCUUGAAGAGUCAUACAAGGGAAGAGAUGAGAAUGUGGGACAGGAGAAAAAAGGUGAUAGUGAAGAAGAGGAAGAUGCAGAAAAAGAGGUGGAACAAGAAAGCACUGAUGAUGAUGACUAUAAUCAGAACAUAGAUUUUGAUGACGAUGAAGAUGAUUGGAACAUCGAGGAAGCAGAACAUGAAGAUACAUACGAGUAAAAAGCAUAUUAUGCAAUUGGAUGUUGGGAUGAUUUUUUGGUUAAAGCAACUCCCGAUUUAUGGGGUAUGAGGAAGAAGAGGGGCAUGCACCAUUUGGCCAGAGGGUUGGGGAGUGGGAGACGAAGAUGUUGGCAAAGAGGUUGGUGGCUGUGUGGAACUUAUGGACUUCCGACAUCCCGAUUGGCAGUAGCGGAGGGGGCGGCACCACUGCCUUGGAAGAAGAAAUGCGGCAGCGGAGGGGGCGGCACCACCGCCUUGGAAGAAGAAAUGCGGCCGCACCUCUUCCACCGUGAACUCCAUUCCCAAAUUCAUUUAAUAAAUUGAAAAAAUAAUUUAAUGAAGUGGAAUCUCUUGCAGGGGUAUUUAGUCAUUUCACAUAUGCUGUUAACAGUGUUAGAGUUUAGAUGAACGACUGGACCACCUUGCAACAAAAAAACUAAGUAUUGGGGUCUAAUUAAAAAAUUAGAAAUUUUUAGGUAUAAUGGCAAAUCACGAAAAGUUGGAGUGUCUUUGUGAUUUACCCUAAUUUUAACUAUUCCAUUGCUCAGCUAAUCAAGAGUAUAUGU